AUGGAAGAUACCCACUCUCAUCACAAGCUUGGUCAGAUGCUUUAUCUGUUCUCUACCCUUCGCAAUGGGGCUAUUGCUGUGUCUCGUUUCGCAUGGGUAUUAUACCUCGAAAUUUACAAAAGAUAUCCACCUGUUCGCUGGACAGGCAAUAUUAUACAACGCCUGAGCACUCCACCACUGGUCGUAUUUUUAUUUGUCCUGAUAUCUUCACUGGUAUUUCUUUUAAGCAUUGCCACAGUGUUGGUUCUUUCUAUCCAGACUGGGAUCAUCCUUGCUUGCGGAUCCGUACUCUUACCUAUACUUGGGAUUAUAUGUGGUCUUGCUCUGACUAUACUUGGUGGUCUUACGUGCCUGUUUGUGUUUGCUCAAGCGACAGUUGCUUUUGUAAAACCUAUACUUCUUCAUGUGGGACUUGCUUUAAGAAAAGAUAAAAGAAGAAUUUAG